UUGAUUAUAAUUGUAACUGUUUUAUACAGUUUGUAUUCAUUCUUGUAGAUAAAGCGCAUUGCAGCAAUCCAGACGUUAUGACGCCUUUAUUCCGCAGUUUGGUUUAGUGGCGGCUCUAUGACACCGAUUAGCGAAAUCCUGCUCCCCCUCCCCAAGGUCUCCCUCCACCACGAAGCUUCUAUCCCCAGCACAGCAAAUAUCUGUACUAAUGCGAUAACCACCAUCACUUUCAAUGACUCCAUGUCUUGCAUAGGCCUCAAUCGAACGCCGGGCUGAUGUCUUCCACGCGUUUCAUGCUCCGUCGCAACGGCCCCGCCCUUCGCAAGCUACAGCUCCUCCCACCGUCAUGCUUAUCGGCCCAGAAUGCCUACGCGCGCAGCUAUGCUGCCGUCGCAACUCCUCCCACAACCCCAGCAACACCAUUCUCGGGUUCAUUCCCACUUCCCCAGCCUGAAGGCGCCGGCAAAGACUACAACCCCCCCGACGAACGCACCCUCAAGCUAGGCAAGACCCUACGCACACUCCAACCCCUCCUCCCCUCCCUCCUCCUCACACCCCUCCCCACCGCCAUCCUCUCCCCCCAAAUAACACUCCACCUCUUCCCCUCGACCCACCCCCACCUCCCCGCCGUCCACGGCCGCGUCGCCUACAUCGCCGCCGUCUGGACCUCCCCCAUCGCCUGGGGCCGUGUUCCCAUAAUCGGCAACGUGCGUCUCGAGAUCCUGUCGGAGCGAAUGGUGAAGUCCCCCAGCCCCGCGGGCUUCGACCCUACGAGCGUUGCGCCGCGCGAGCAGCUGGUGGUGAGGUGGCGGACGAUUGGGAAGAAGAUGGGGGGGGAUAAGGGCGGGGUGGCGACGAGGGCGGAGGAUGAGUUUACGGGAUUGUUUAUUUUUCAGUUUGAUGAGGAGGGCAGGAUCGUGAAGCAUGUUAUUGAGCAUGUGCAGGAGGGGGGAAAUUGGGAGAAGGGGGUUGGGGCGAAGGUGGUGGGGUUGACGGAUUGGUUGUUGGGGGGGAGGAAUAAGGAGCCGGAGGGGUCGUUGGCGCCGUGUUGUACGACGGUGGGGGAUUGGAGAACAAGGGAGGAGUAGAUGGGAUGGAAAGAUUUGUACGAUCGGAGAGGGACAAGCGCCACGACGAUCACGGGCUUGAUGUUUUGAUAUGGGUUUUUUUGGGGAAUGGGGUUGGCAUACCUGGUUUUUGCGCUGUCGUUUCUGUACACGUACUGUAUAUAUUAUAAACACUCCUCACACCAACUGGCAGUAUUAUUGAAACAGAG